UUAUAGCAUGCUAAUAGUAGUUUAAUUACUGUCCAGUGAUGAUCAUGUUUGAAAAGCUUAAUUUGGUAGUGAUGUUUAUUUUUGGUUCUCUGUUUGCAUUCUGACCACAUUAAGCCUUCAAUGACUGACACCUAUGUUCAACACUGAAAUAACCACAAUGACUACAUUAAAGUAGACAUGUAAACGUGACUAAAAAUAACAUUAAACUUCCGACAAACCUAUUGUUAGAAAAAAUAAUUACAUAUCCUGAGCCUUUCCUAAUGUUUCCCCAGGGAAGAUAAAGCUACAUUGUUACCAACUUCCCCUUUUUGGUGGCAGUGUUCACUCCACAGACAGGAUCAUAAAGUGAUAAGAGUUGUUGCUAACAGUUGCCCAUGCUCACCCACACUGUCUAUGAUUAUUAAAGAUGACAUGUAGUUAUGAGAGGGUGACAGUGGGAAACUACAAGCUUUGCCUUGAUAUGCAUUCACUACUUCCUUAUCAAACUGCCUUUACUCCCACAUCUGGCCCUCCCAUUCCACAACAGCCCUCCCUGUGUCCUUGUGCUGCCCCGCCUUUUGUCAAGUAUCAACAGGCAAACUUUCAAGUCCACACCUCUCAUUCACAUGCGACAGUGCCAGUUAAGAUCAGCAACUCAGCUGAGAGCUGCAGCUCCACCGGGAUCUACUUUUGUGGGACAGAUUCCUCCACAUACCAGCUUUUGAAGAGAUUUUGAUCAACCACCAUGGGAAUGAGACUGAGAGACUUGUGCUGCGGCCCUCAACUGCACAGCAGUCUGGGAUGACUGUCAAACACAGCCUGCUUGACUGAUUUGUGGGAUUUAUAAGGAGUGGCUGCUGCGGCUGUUUCACAACAUUUGGAGCGUCAAAGCUAGGGAAGCAGCUUGUUGGAAGCUGAUGUGGGAUUGCUAGUCCCUUACAGCGACAAUGGACCUGACUUUGUGGCAGUACCAGUUCAGGAUCAUCAUGCUGGGGGACUCCACAGUGGGCAAGUCCUCCUUGCUGAAGCGCUACACUGAAGACUUGUUCCUGGAGUCCAUCAACCAGACGGUGGGUGUAGACUUCUACGUUCACUUCCUGGAGGUGGAGCCAGAUGUCCGCGUCAAGCUGCAGUUCUGGGACACAGCUGGCCAAGAGAGGUUCAGGUCAGUGACCCGUUCUUAUUACCGCAACUCUGUCGGAGGCCUGCUGGUGUUUGACAUGACCAACCAAGCCUCCUUUGACCAUAUUAAGGAGUGGCAUGCUGAGGUGUGCGAGCGAGUGAUGCCGCAUAAGGUUCUGUUCGUCCUGGUGGGCCAGAAGAGCGACCGAGAUGCCGAGGGGGAAAGAGUGGUGAGUCGGGAAGAGGCUGAGAAACUGGCCGGGCAGCUGGGGAUGCCCUAUGUGGAAGUCUCCGCCAAGACGGGUCAGAAUGUGAAGGACGCCUUCGAGCUGCUCACUCGUCGGAUCUACCAGGGUCUGCUGAGCGGAGAGGUAGAGCUGCAAGAGGGUUGGGAUGGAGUCAAGUGCACGGCACCACAGGCGCUGCAGUUACAGAGAGCCAGCCAGGCACAGCCUGGCACCAAGAACAACAAGAAGUGUUGUGCUUAAACCUCGGACUGGUGGUGGUCACCCACAUGCACUCAAGUUACUGUCAAAACAGAACCAGCCCCUGGAGAGUUGGAUUUGUGGUGGAAGUUUACUGUUAUGAAAACCACUUUUUUGCACCUAUGAUAGUGGUUAAAACAAAUUGUUACGCCUUUGUAGGUACAAGACACUGACAAGAUUUAACUUCCGAAACUUAUAUAUUUAGCUAUGAUGGCGGCGUGACAAUGUUGGCCCACCACUUCAAUCUGAAAUAUCUCUAAAACCUAAAUACUAUAAGAUGGACUGCAGUGACAUUUUGCAGAGACAUUCACGGCCCUCGAGGAUUAUUUCCUGCUGACUUUGGUGAUCCCCCGGCUUUUCAUCUUGCACCACCAGCAGGUUGACAUUUUUGGUGAAAUGUCUUGACAGCUAUUCGAUGGAUUGCUGUGAAAUUUGCUGCAGGUGUUCAAGAUCACUUUGCUUUUCAUUUAGCGCCAUUAUUAGGUCAAAAUUUCGGUUUGUCCAAUUCUGUGGUUCGUGAAUACUAAAGAUGUUCAAAUCUGCCACAGCUGUACUUUGUGACAAAUGUUGGUGGGUGGAAAUCACCAGAGGCCCUACGAUACAAUAUUAUCAUGAUACUUAGGUCACGAUACAAUUUUAUUGCGAUUCUAAAAAUGUUGAAGUAUUGGGAUAACAUAGUGAGAUAUAUUGUGAUUCAAAGGAAAAACUUUGAAGUUUUCAGUCAGUUCAUCUCUCUUCAUUUUCAUUGCAGCAAACUGUAUCUAGUGGACUGAAAAAGGAAUUGAUUUUCUUAUUCUAGUAGACUACUAAAAGUUCAAUUUGUAUUUAGAAUAUUUAUUAUUUAUGUGAUUAAAAAAAAUAGAUACAUGGCGCCUGUGUAUUGAUAAAAUAUUGAUACACGAUACUAUGCUGUAUCCAUUUCCCCCACCCCUAACAGGUCAAACUAAGAUAUAAAUAAGACGGUAAAGUAUCCACAUCUAGUUUAAAUUGUGCCAUAGUCACAAAUCUGCUACCAUAAUUCUAAACUGUUAGUGUUGUUUUAUUGCAGUAUGUAUAUCUUUUCAUAUUUAUGGGACUUUACUCUGUGCCUGUGUGGGAUUCAAGGCCCACAGCUGAUCAGACUAACGUGGACUGAUGAGGUCAUUGCUUACCUCAGUUCAGAGGGGCAGGGGUUGUAAUGAUGACAUAUUGAGCCAAAGCUGUUGGCUCAAGAUGAGACUACUUUGCCAUUGCGUUCAAUCUACAAGGAUGGGAUACGACUCAUCUUCUCUCCUAUUGGUUUUUGUACCUCAAGACCUGAACAGUGGUCGCCAAACUUGGGGUCCUGAUGCCCCAAGAGGUCUUCGGAUAUAUCUGAGUGGUUGCGUGAUGGUUAAGGAGGAACUGCUCACUGCUCAUUUCCACACCAAAGGUCAUAACUUGUAAUAAGGGGCUUUAAGUAGGCAUUUGUUUAUUUUGAGGGGUCACAAAAAGGAUGGGAACGAUUGUACUACAAGGACAUUCUUUUUCCUGUGCACCUAAAUCUAUGAUUUGUGUCCAUGUUUCUCGUUCUGUGAAUGAUUGGCAGAAGUUAAGGGUGCCCUGGGUGAGAUUAGAAACGUUCCCCCGUGACUCCGUGAAUUAAUGUUUCGGGCCUGAGUGGUCGUCUGGAAAAAGGCUUUUGUUGCAUCACUAAUAAUUGCACAGCAUGCUGAAAGUGAGUGAUUGUUUUCAGGUGCUGUUGUUGAAAUUAAUUAAAUGAAACAACUCUAGGGUGCCUUUGGAUAUUGUUCUUUUGAAAUGUUGUGAGUGGUUUCCAUAGCAAUUACUGUCCAUCUGUCUGAUGGACGGUCUCCUAUGUUUCUGCGAGCAGAAGGCAGACUAUUUAUUUUGUUGAUGAAAGACCCCCCAGAUGAUCCCUGAUGGGUUCAAGUGUUGUCCGUACACCAGUUUGUGACCUUGGUUUUCUGAAAAUAUACAGAAGGUGACUAGAUUUCACAAUAAAAAAAAAACCUUUUUA